ACACAUGAGAAGCCACACAGGACAGAAACCAUUUUGCUGUGAGGUGUGUGAUCGAAGAUUUACCACAAAAAGCAGUUUAAACACACACAUGAGAAGCCACACAGGACAGAAACCAUUUUGCUGUGAGGUGUGUGAUCGAAGAUUUACCACAAAAAGCAGUUUAAACACACACAUGAGAAGCCACACAGGACAGAAACCAUUUAGUUGUGAGUUAUGUGGUCAAAGGUUAAUCAGAAAGGGCAGUUUAGACAUACACAUGAGAAUCCACACAGGACAGAAACCAUUUAGUUGUGAGUUGUGUGAUCAAAGGUUUACCAGAAAAAGCAAUUUAAACAAACACAUGAGAAUCCACACAGGACAGAAGCCAUUUUGUUGUGAGGUGUGUGGGCGAAGGUUUACUGAAAAGAGCGGUUUAGACAAACACAUGAGAAUCCACACAGGACAGAAGCCAUUUUGCUGUGAGCUGUGUGGGCGAAGAUUUACCACAAAGGGGUAUUUAAACACACACAUGAGAAUACACGCAGGACAGAAACCAUUUUGUUGUGAGCUGUGUGAUCAAAGGUUUACUGAAAAGGGCAGUUUAAACACACACAUGAGAAUCCACACAGGACAGAAGCAAUUUUGUUGUGAGCUGUGUGAUCGAAGGUUUACUGAAAAGGGCAGUUUAAACACACACAUGAGAAUCCACACAGGACAGAAAUCAUUUUGUUGUGAGCUGUGUGGGCGAAGGUUUACCACAAAGGGGUAUUUAGAUAAACACAUGAGAAUCCACACAGGACAGAAACCAUUUUGUUGUGAGCUGUGCGAUCAAAGGUUUACCACAAAGAGCAAUUUAAAUAGACACAUGGGAAUCCACACAGGACAGAAAACAUUUUGUUGUGAGCUGUGUGAUCGAAGGUUUACCCGACAGGGAAAUUUAAACAAACACAUGAGAAUCCACACAAAAAACGAAGCACUUAUUUGACCCUUAUAUGAGAAUUCACACAGGAAGAACAUUAAUUUGUCUUUACACACACAUCUGUAGCAUGAACGACCGUGACCCCUGACAUGACCUUUUGACCACCACUGGCGGUCAUGUCUCCUAACUGAGGUUUGUUUGAAAAAGCUUCUUAGAGGCAGCUUCUAUCUAGCUUCAAUAAUCUGUCUGUGUCUGCAGAUAAUGCUGACAUGACAGUUUGUUAUAAUUAUUUUUGAUUCAUUAUAAAUGAAAAAAAUUACAUUUCUGACAUGAUUUUCCUUUUUAAAUGUAUUUUAUUUCAAGUGUGUAUUAUCAUACUGUGAACUGAAUAUGAAUAUGAACUUUCACUUUUUAUUAGUGUCCCUCCUCUCUUUUUCUACCUGAAUGGAAGGAAACAGCUGCAUGUUUGUGUGUGCCCUUGUUUUUGCUACUUGUUGAGAACAAUUUGUCAGGAAAAUGCAGCUUCGUGGAGACUGAAUGCUCCUUCUGGGGACCCAAGAAGUGGCGGCUGGUGGAUUUUUCUCCAGGGGGGCUACAACUCCAAAAUAGGCUCAUCUCCAAAAGCAAUCAAAC